CCCCAAAAUAAAUCAGACACAAAAGUGGCUAAGCUCAAACAAACCAUGCACUCAGUCAACUUCCAUUUUACAAAACAACGUUUAGAUCUGAUCACCCCCGGGAGUUGUUAGCAAAGGUGUGGGGGCUUGGGAAUUGGUGAUGCUGGGGAAGGCAUCAUGCGGCGGCUUCAUUUACUGCAUUGAAAGAGAACAGAUGACUCCAUUUAUUACCUUCUCAACUACCAACUUCUCCCUCUCUAUUAAACCCUUCACCUUCACCUUAGACUAUAUGAACGCUCAAGCAAGCUGAUCAGUGAUCCCAUUAAGUAGAAUUCUGAUGGGAAAUCUUAAGUACUGCUACAGUGUGGCUGUUGCUAUGGGGAUGUUGUUUAUUGGCGUAAGUGUUGGGCAAUUUGAAGGUGGUGGAAACGACCCAUUCGCACAAGGGGGGAGAAGGACGGAGAUGGUACCGGCCAUGUUCAUAUUCGGAGACUCUCUCAUUGACAACGGAAACAACAACAAUCUUCCCUCUUUCGCCAAGGCCAACUAUUUCCCCUACGGCAUUGACUUCAAUGGCGGUCCAACUGGGCGCUUCUCCAAUGGCUACACAAUGGUGGAUGAAAUCGCGAUGCUGCUUGGACUACCAUUGGUCCCUGCCUUCUCUGAAGCUUCCGGAGCCCAAUCUCUCCGCGGAGUUAACUACGCAUCCGCUGCUGCAGGCAUUCUUGACGCUACGGGAAGGAACUUUGUGAGUCGCAUACCUUUCAACCAACAAAUCAGGAACUUCGAGAGCACGCUUGAUCAGAUCAGUAACAAUCUAGGGGCGGUCAACGUGGGACAAUCCAUCGCACGGUGCAUAUUCUUUGUGGGAAUGGGGAGCAAUGACUAUCUUAACAACUAUCUUAUGCCCAAUUACGCCACUCGUAAUCAGUAUAAUGCUCAGCAGUACGCGGAUUUGUUGGUUAACCAGUACACGCAGCAGCUCACUAGGCUGUACAAUCUGGGGGGCAGAAGGUUUGUGAUCGCAGGUUUGGGGCUGAUGGGGUGCAUUCCAAGCAUUUUGGCGCAGAGCGCAGCGGGGAGCUGUUCAGAAGAAGUGAACCAACUUGUUCGACCUUUCAAUGUCAACGUGAAGAGCAUGAUAAGCCAGCUUAAUACCAACCUUCCAGAAGCAAGAUUUACUUACAUUGACAUAGAGCGCAUGUUCCAGGAUAUGCUUGUCAACUCUAGAUUUUAUGGGUUAAGCGUGCUGAACAGGGGAUGCUGUGGAAUUGGUAGGAACAGAGGCCAGAUCACAUGCCUCCCCUUCCAAACGCCCUGCACCAAUCGAGACCAGUACAUCUUUUGGGAUGCAUUUCAUCCCACCGAAGCAGUAAACGUCCUUAUGGCCCGAAAGGCUUUUAAUGGCGACCAAUCCGUUGUUUAUCCUUUCAACAUCCAGCAGCUUGCCACUCUUUGAAGUUUAUUCUUCUGAAUUUACCUGUUUUUCUUUUUAUAACCCUCAACGCCAGUGAUGAUGCAUGCCACAAUUUUCUUCAAGAAAUUGCAUCAUUACUACUUUGUAGUGUCUUUUUAGAGAAUGCAAUGCAGUUUCAGAGUUUAUUUUCUACGUUC